ACGACGAUAGUAAACCAAAAGUAAAAUAAAACUUGCAGAAGUAAAGAGGAGACAUCAUCCGAAGGGAUGGCGGGAUAUCUAAAUGCGGUGGUGAAGGGGGUUUUGAAUGUUGUUGAUGUAGCCCAAGCCAGCAUUAAACCUUUCAAAGUAACAACUGUAAAGUUUGAGGAUUAUAAAAGGUUACCUAUAAAGAAUGAAGAUGGUCACAUGACUUUGUUUCAACGACCUGGUUCUUUAGAAUGCGUGCUUUCCAACAAAGUGAUGUAUAAAAGCUUCAGUAUAUUCCGCAUUACCAAUGAGAUUGAUGCCCUUACCCAGUUUGAGCGUUACAGUUUCAUUAUCAACACUUUAGCAAAUGCCAGCAGCUCUGUGUAUGAGGAAACCAUGCUUCAAAAUAUAUCAGAUGCCAUCAAGUCAAAUUUACACUGGAGACCAGCACAUGUUGCGGCAUUCGUUGGGUUAUAUGAAUGCUUCCACCAUAAAAAAAUCCAAUGUGAUAUCAACUAUCAAGUGGAAAAGACUCAGUUAUCUCCCUUAAUGGCAGCCAUCUUAGGGAAGCACACACAGUGUGUGACUGUUUUAUUGGAGCUUGGAGCCAGACUGGAUCUUCAGGAUCAGAAUGGGGAAACUGUCUACCAUUAUGCUGUACUUCACCACCCUGAAGUCAUUCAUAUUUUAGCAGAACACGAUAGUCCCAACAGUAAUGACAAAGUCAUUAAUUAUCUGAACAACAAAGGGAUGACAGCUCUAGCCAGUGCCUGUCAGAAGGGGAAAUCAGAGGUUGUGGAGGCCCUGCUAGACAGAGGGGCAGACCCUAAUAUUACUGCUGUAGACAUGUAUCCCAUCCACUAUGCCCUCAAGGCUGAGGACAUCAAGUCAGUAGAGAUAAUUUGUAAGAGGUUCAAAGAUCAGCUUUCAGUGAGAGAUGGAAAGUUUGGGGGCACACCAAUGCACUGGGCCAGAAAUAGACAGAUGAUUGAGAAAUUAUGUAGACUAAAGGCUGACAUGAAUGUGAAGAGCAACACAGGCCACACCCCACUGCAAAUCAUGCAGGAGAAGGGCAGAGCUGAUUGUCUUAUGGAACUGUUGUGUUGGGGAGCAGAUCCCAGUAUAGGAGAUGAUGAAGGAAACACCCCUCUACACAAUGCUGUUCUUAAAGAUGAUGAAGAAAUGGUCAAGAACUAUGUAGUAUAUGGUGCUGAUGUUAAUGUCAAAAACAAGGAAAACCAAAGUCCUAGACAUUUAGCCAGUAAUUCAAAUGGUAAACACAAAGAGUUGAUUUUGUACAUGUUACAUGUAUCUGGUGCUACGAGAUGUGAUGCCCAUAUGAAGAAUUGUCAAGAUGGGUGCUUUGUGGACGGGGUCAGAAACGGAAAACCAGAUGAACACAUCACUGAGCUCCUAGAACGUGAUCAGAGUGGCCUUUUGGAUGAAAUGUUGUCAUCAAUGUGUGAACCAUUUUCACAACAAGAUGGAUCAGAGAAGGAUCCCGGGUACAGGCUCCUGUCCCUAGAUGGUGGAGGAAUUCGAGGAAUUGUCCUUUGUCUAAUGCUGAUUGCCAUUGAAAAAGAGGUUGGGAAACCUAUCAAAGAUUGUUUUGAUUGGAUAGCUGGAACAAGUACAGGGGGACUUCUGGCUCUGGGAAUCUGCACAGGUAAACCUCUGUCUUAUAUGAGAGGACUAUAUCUCAGGCUCAAGGAUGAGGUGUUCAUUGGAUCGAGACCGUAUCAGUCAGAGAACUUUGAAAACAUGCUUAAAGAAGAAUUUGGAGAGGACACUAUCAUGACUGAUUUUAAGAAACCAAGGGCUGCAGUAACAGGGGUACUAGCAGACAGACAUCCAACAAAACUACAUUUGUUUAGGACAUAUGAACCAACACUGCAUCAGCUGGAGGUUAGAGGUGUAUGUCAAAGAAAGGGAAGUAAAAAGAAGAAAGAUCAGACAGAUUCUAAGGAGAAGAGAGAGUCCAGUCUAUCCUCAGAAUUAUACUCCCCAGCUCAUCCAAGUGAACAAAAAGUAUGGGAGGCUGCUCGUGCCACUGGUGCAGCUCCGACCUACUUUAAGGCCUUCGGUCCAUACAUUGAUGGUGGUCUAGAUGCCAACAACCCAACCUUAGAUUUGAUGACAGAAAUACAUGAAUACAACUGUGGAUUAAAACUAAAAAAUGAGCCCCAAAAUGUACGUCCAAUAGGUGUUGUGGUGUCUUUAGGAACGGGACAGGUACCUAUUAGACCAGUGGACACUGUUGAUGUUUACCGACCAGAGGGGAUUUUUGAUGUUACCAAGAUUGCUAGAGGAAUCCAAAACCUGAUUAAUGUCAUGGUAGACAAGGCCACAAUUGCUGAGGGUCGUCCUGUGGACAGGUCCAGAGCCUGGUGUGGUAUGCUGGGAGUACCAUUUUAUCGAUUCAGUCCACCAAUAACAGAUGUAGAAAUGGAUGAACAUGACAAUAAGAAAUUAACCCAGCUGAUGUGGGAGACACAGUGUUACAUAGUGGCUAAUCGUGAACGAAUUAAAAGACUGGCUUCCUACCUCAAAAGAGAUACAUAGCAAAUGUAUUAUCCAUAUACAUGUAUGUUACUAUGCGGUAUUUUUAGUAUUUAUUAUUUCUAGCCUUAACUUUGUAAAUUUUUUUAAGUGUAAGAACUUAGCAAUUACAGUCAAGCUUUAUUAUAUGGAACUUGAUUGGACUGAGAAAAAAACUGAAAGAUAUCCGAGGAUUCUAUAUUUGAGAGUAAAAUACUUAAAGAAUAGGUGGUUGGGACUUCCAAAUCACUUUGACACAUCCAUGGUAUUCGAGAUAUCGGUGUUUGAGAUACCAAAGUUCAACUGUAUAGUGUAUACAUUAUUUAUCAUAAUGUGCCUUUUAAAAAAAGAAGCAUAAUUAUUUUGAUAUGCAGAGAAUAACAUUUGACAAUGGUCUGCAUCUGAAGAUCUGUGAUAAUUUAGUGACACCUGCAAGAAAUUGUGUUUAUGUUCUGACUGUGGUGAUAGCCUUUUAUUUCAUUGUUAGGGAUCAUUGCACUUUUAUGUACAUGUAUUUUUAAUUAUACAGAUAAAUAUACAUGAUAAACAUUUGUCAUUUAGACAUUAAAUAAACAUUAUUACUUUUUGAUUAUAUGUAGUGCAUUGCUUUUUUCUGUAAAUUACAAUUUUGAAAACUGCCAUAUUACAUUUUUUUUCUCUGGACUCUUCUUCAAUCCCUUUAAAAGAAGGUGAUAUGUACAUGUACAUAGUUUUUGAUGGAAUUUCUACCUUUUGUGCCAUGCAUUAUUUUGUCUGUCUUUUUUUUUUAAGUUAUUGGUAUGAGUAUUGAAUUUCAAAGUUUUGUUUGCCUGUUGAUGUUAAUGAAUAAAUCUUUUUUUUUUAUUAUAUAAUGUUGAUAAAUAAAUUUUUACAGGAGAUGUAGUUCCCACCUUUUGUUCACCAGUUAUAAAAUAUGAUUAUACAACUGUAUUUGUCUUAAGUGUAUCAUUCCAGUUUGAAACAUUGUAUGUAAAUGUAUCUAAAAUAAAGCUAUUUCAUAACUAAUAUACCAAUUUAAAAUUUCUGUAAUUGCAUGGGAAUAAAAGAUGGAAAUUGA